AUUAACCAGAGCUCAAGGAAAACUUGAGGCAUGGCUGCUCGCAUCUUACUCUCUGUUAAACCGUUUGCAUUCAAGAAAAUGUUGAGGACAAUGUCAAAGCACGGAUUUCACGUGGUCACACCACUACUGGAAAGCCUGGGAAUGUCCAAGCGACUGGGGACCACCACCGUGUAUCUGAAGAUGGAGAACUCACAGCCCACUGGCUCCUUCAAAAUCCGCGGAGUUGGAUACAUGUGUCAAAAUAUUGCAAAUGUAUCCAAGCCAGCCGGGGUAAUUUGUUCUUCUGGUGGUAAUGCUGGUAUGGCCACAGCAUAUGCAGCAAGAAAACUUAACCUUCCUGCUACUAUUGUCUUGCCUUCUGUGACGCCUAAUCUGGUAGCACAGAAACUUAAGGACCAGGGAGCUACGGUCAAAGUUGCGGGCAAGGUUUGGGAUGAUGCAAAUGCCGAGGCCCUGCGAUUGGCUGAAACUGAAGGUCUUACUGUAAUACAUUCAUUUAACCAUCCUCUGGUCUGGAAAGGUCAUGCCAGUAUUGUGCAUGAACUCAAAGCAUCCUUACCAUCCAAACCUGGUGCUAUAGUGCUGACUGUGGGUGGUGGAGGUCUGUUUUGUGGGGUGAUGGAGGGCUUGGAUGAGGUGGGUUGGGCAGGUGUUCCUGUCCUCUGUAUGGAGACUGUAGGUGCGGACUGUUUCAAUGCCGCCGUUAAAGCUGGAGACCUGGUUACGCUGCCGGACAUUACAAGUAAGGCAACAAGUUUGGGAUCGAAAACCGCAAUCCAGCAGGCGUUUGAGUACAGCAAGCGCUCCACAGUCAUCUCAGAGGUGGUAACAGAUCUACAGGCCCUGGAGGCAAUAGAACUAUUCCUGGAUGAGGAGCGUGUGCUGGUGGAGAUGGCCUGCGGAGCCGCUCUGGCUGCAGUGUACAGUGGUGUUAUCCAGAGACUACAGGAGGAGGGGCGACUUCCUAAACCGCUUGGUCCGCUGGUGAUGAUCGUGUGCGGGGGUGGUGGCAUAAACCGGGCUCUGCUUCAGCACCUACAGACUGUUAUAAGAAAAUAAUCAGGAGAAUAUUUUAUCAUAUAAUUUCUAUCGAAACUUCAAUCUGUCUCCAUAUUAAAUGUUUCUCAAAGGCCGAGUUAUGUUGAAAGCUGUUUUAAAGGGAGCUCAUCCAAAAAUGACUGUCAUCGUUUACUCAAUCUCAAAAAGUUGUUUCAAACCCUUGUGGUUCUGCUGAACACUAUGAAAAGUUAUUUGAAGACGUUUGUAAGCAAACAAUUGUGGGACACUAUUGACUUCCAUAGUGGGAAAACAAACUUUGGUAGUCAAUAGUGCCCCAGAACUGUUUAGUUUCCCACAUUCUUCAAAAUAUCUUAUUUUGUGCUCAACAGAACAAAGAAAUUCAUAUAGGUUUGGAACAACUUGAGGGUGAGUAAAUGAAGACUUUUCAUUUUUGAGUGAACUGUUCCUUUAAGCAAGUGAGAAAAUAUACUCAGGUUGACAUCUUUGGCUUGUGUGUAACAUUUACUCUUAAAUAAAGUAUUCUGCAACGUA